GGCAGGGCCGGGUUGGGCCGGGUUUUAUUAAUAACCCUUUAUUUCGCUAUUCAGUCAUACCUCUAAUAUACCAUUAUUUACUAAUAUGGUAUGGUGGAGGAUUUUCCUCAGCAACAAAAAUGCAUACUGGGCUGGUCAGCUUAUUCACUGUGUUCCAGCUGGUUUUCAGCUUUGUUUCUAGCUUUGAAUGUUCACGUGGUCAUUCCAGAAUUGUCAGGGACUUUGUAAAUCAUCAUUUGAAACCUGUUUAUAGAACACACAAUGUUGAAAUGCCAAGGUCGUGUCCAUUUCAUGGAGAGAGGGAUAUUUACCACGAACACGAGAGUCAUAAAACCGAGGAGGGAUAUGGGAAAUGGUGUUGUGAAUACUGUGGCAAAAUGUUCUAUGCCGAGAUGUACCUUGAUAAACAUUUAAACAACAGACAUGCUGACCAUCUUUAUGUUGGACCAGAUGCUGUAUGUUUGGCUGAUUACUGUGAUAUUUUCCGAUGUGAUAUCAUCUCUGGUCGGGUGGAGCCCAGCUUCUGGGAUACUGCCCUGUGUAUAGAUGAUGAUAUGACUGAUCUCAUUACCAAGUGCAAUAGUGCAUUUUCUACAUGCUCCCCUAUUGAUGUGCCAAGAAAUUCAAGUCAAGCCAUUUUGAAUAAAACGAAGUCCCAGGUGUGUUCCUCCCUGACAUGCAAUAAAUACUGGUAUACAGGCAAAAUUGAGCCUUCUCAAUGGCGAAUGUUGCUGAAGACAUUUUGUACAGUGAUGUUAAUUGGUGGAAUGAUUGUCUAUUACUUCAUAGCUUACCACCACUUCUAUUCAGACUCCCUAUCUGAGCCACAACAUACUGAACCGUACAAGCCAUAUGUGAAAGAAGGUCAUCAAGUGCAGAGAAGAAAGUUCCGGAGAAAGCUUGUCAAAGGAUGGACAUGAUUGUUGUUUUUUUUUAAUACUUUGAGCUAAAACUAGUCACUUACUGUUGAGCAUAUUGUAAUAAUAGAUAUCAGCUUUCCGACGAUAGUUUCUAUCAGUAGUGGAUAUUUAUGCACUUCUUGAGAGGAGGGGAUAUAUGUCUGUCGGUUGCCUGUGGUGAGUGGAUGACAUCUGUUUUGAUGGUUACAGUGACCGCGAGACUGAAAAUUGGGUCUGAUUAACAAGUGGAAACCGUUUGGAAGUUAAAUUGUUAAACUUUGUUGGAUGAUUGCCUGUGAUCAGUAGAUGACCUCUAUUAAUUUACGAGUCAUUAGGUCAAAGUUUACUUGAUUCUUAAAGUUACACACCCAGUUUUUUCUCACUGGCCAUCAUUUUGGGUAGGUGUUUUUUCCAAAAAAAAAAAAUUUACGGAUAUGUUCAGUAUGUAUGUAAAUUCAUCAUCUUAUGAAAGUUGACAUAUACUCUUGUAGUAAUUCAUGUUGUGAUGAUUAGUCUUUACGUGUAAGUGCUUUCAUUUGGUCAAUGAGAUCUGCUUGUAGAAUAUAAAAGCAUAAUAUUUUUGCAUGAUACUAAUGCAUUCUGGAGUCGCCUGUUCCCAUCUAAUCUGCUGAUGUGGAAAAUGUACGAACGACUGGUGCAUUUUGAGACCACAUGUGCAAACUCAAGUGGCAGCCUUACCUAUUAUACUGCCAAGAGCCUAAAGUCUAAAUUUCUUCAGUUAGUAGCAAGUUUCUUUUUCUUCAAAUGUUAAAUCAACUUUUAAUUUUCAUACUUAGUAUAUGAUUUAAGCAUCAGACAAAACUAACAUUACCAGUAGAUUUUUAUUCACACAGUUUAAUAUUAAUUACUUUAUGCAUCAUGUAAAGUUCAUUUUCAGCUCAACUAUUCAAAGAACAGGUAGAGCUAUUGGACUCGCCCCAUGCGUAGGCGUCCCAAUUUGGUCAAGUUUUUGUAUGCAAGCUGGUAUCUCAAAAACCACCUGUGGGAAAGGAUUGAAAUUUCACACACUUAUAAACUGAUUUACAUUCAACAGGUUCCAUAACUCUAUUUUGCUUUUUUUACAAAAUUAUGCCCCUUUUUUUGACAGUAAUUUUUGGUGAAGGUUUUAUAUUUAAGCUGGUAUUUCAUUACCCACUAAUGGGAAUGGAUGGAAACUUCACACACACAUUAACUGUGAUGAUCCGACAUGCAGUGCACAGGUUCCAUAACUCUACUUUGCAUUUUUACAAAAUUAUGCCGCUUUUUUGACUGAACAGUUUUUGUAUGUAAGCUAGUAUCUCAGUACCCACUAAUGGGAAUGAAUUGAAACUUCAAACACUCUCAGUGUCAUGAUCUGACAUGCAUUAUACAGGUUCCAUAACCCUGUUUUGCAAUUUUACAAAAUUAUGCCUCUUUUUCGACUUCAAUAUUCAUUCAUUUGACAAGGCUGUUGAAUAGUUGAGCGUUGCUGUCCGACAGCUGUUGUGUUUACAUGUAGUUCAGUAUUUGGAUUGUGUACGUUGUAAUUUGCAUAAUAUAUAUAUACUUCUAUUUUUUUUUAACUUUCGUUUAUCUUAAUUGUUGUCUACAAUAAAACAAGAAUAACAAACAAG